CCGCGCCAUUCCCCUGUUCCUCCUCGCAGGGGGGGUGGCGCACAACAUAGCGGAGUGCAUGGCAGCACUCUCCGCCGCGCCCUUCCUCAUCUCCGCCGUGGGGGAUGACGCUGCAGGCAGGCCCAUGGCCCACCCUUUCUUCCCCUCAUCCGUACUUCCCCACAUUUCCCUCCCUGCUUCUCCUCAGUUCCCCCCUUGCUUCCCCUCAUUUCCCUCCCUCUUCUUACGUGACACCAAUGAAGAUUUUCUGGCACAGCAACUCGCCGAAGCCCAUCAUCCCAUGCCACGCUCGUAG